AUGGACCCCAACAUCUCUACCAUCAGUACCACUGUCAUCCCAUCUCAAUGUGCCAACGAUAUCCAAAUGUUUCAAAGAAACACUCCCUACUUUUAUAUCAAUGUUGUCCUUAACCAGUUUUUGGUAGUUCUCACCGGUUUCUUCACUAUUCGCGCAGUAAGGCUGAUGUGGAAGCGGGUGUUCUUCAGUAAAUCGUCUCGAGUGCUCAUCUACGUUGGCUUCGUCAUUGUCAACGUACAUGAAUUAAUUUAUGCUUAUAUUCAAACGUGGUCAGCCCUCCGCUCUAUCCUCCACUCCAAUGACCCCUGCUCCAUCAUGUUCAAUGAAUACGAGUGCUUCUCAUGGUACACCGCCAAUAUAUUCUCCAGACUUCUCAUUCUCACCCUCAACUGUGCUCUAACUAUUGACAGAGUAAUCGCCCUCUGCAUUCCACGUGUCCCAUCAACUUAUCUACGUGGAGCAAUGUUGUCGCUGAAUGCGCUCAUUGUAUCAGUCAUCGUGUGUGCUCACAUGACAAGCGACGGACCGAAUAAUAACAUUCAAUCGAAUUGUUUCCAACGACUUGGACGUAACAUUAAUGAAUUGAAAGCUCAGAUUUAUAUGUACCUUUGGGUUAUCUUGGUUUGUAUGGCAUUCAACGCGUUCUCGUUUUGGCAAGCUAGAAAGAUAAAGAGAUCCCGCUUCGACAUCAAUGAACGUUACAUCAGAAAAGAGGCUGAGAACUCAAGUCGUGCUAUCUCCCUUAUCGUUUUAUACCAAACAAUGGGUCUUGCUUUCUACACAUUCGGAAUCCAUUUCCUUAUCGAAUUCCCUUCUUUUCUGGGCCCAUUCUAUACUGGUAUCGGUGUUCUUUAUGUUUACACGUAUCCAUAUGCCUGCGUGUCUCUUCCAUAUGGUGUCUUGUACACUGCUAACAAGAUUACUAAAAAUAGGAACAAGGCAGUGAAUGAGUUGAAGAAGACAAAUGAGGAUGAGAGUCAGACUGGCUACUUCAAUAAGUUGAAGUCAGGGUGGGAAUCGGAUUUCGAUUCGAAAUUCGCGACGGUUUCGGUUACGCCGAUGAGUUCAAUGGACCCCAACAUCUCGACCAUCAGUACCACUGCCAUCCCAUCUCAAUGUGCCAACGAUAUCCAAAUGUUUCAAAGAAACACUCCCUACUUUUAUAUCAAUGUUGUCAUUAACCAGUUUUUGGUAGUUCUCACCGGUUUCUUCACUUUUCGCGCAGUAAGGCUGAUGUGGAUGCGGGUAUUCUUCAGUAAAUCGUCGCGAGUGCUCAUUUACGUCGGCUUCGUCAUUGUCAACGUACAUGAGUUAAUUUACGCUUAUAUUCUGACGUGGUCAGCCCUCCGCUCUAUCCUUCACUCCAAUGACGCCUGCUCCAUCAUGUUCACAGAGUAUGAAUGCUUCUCAUGGUACACCGCCAAUAUAUUCUCCAGACUUCUCAUUCUCACUCUCAACUGUGCCCUAACUAUUGACAGAGUGAACCCUCUGCAUUCCACGUGUCCCAUCAACAUAUCUACGUGGAGCAAUGUUGUCAAUGACAGCGCUCAUCGUAUCAGUCAUCGUGUGUGCUCACAUGACAAGCGACGGACCAAAUCAUAA